AUGAAUGCAGAAUGGGUUGGACGAAGAAUUCACUUAUUAUACGAUCAACAUUUUAGUGUCGAAACAGGUGUUGGCAGUUUAAUUGAAGCACUGGUUAUACAUAUUAUUGUUUCUACAUCGUGGUUAUGUGUCAAACUAUUAAUCACACUUCGAAAUUGUCCGCCGCCAGAUGAUCCUUCUAUUCAUACUCGUUUAAAUGAAUGUUUGGAUACGAUUUUGAAUAAAGAUCAAGAACCAUUUAAAUCGGAAAAAGUUCAACAUUCAAAUGCGAGAAAUGCUGUUUUAUUCGAAGCAAUCAAUUUAAUUAUACACAUGGAUUGUGAGUCUACCCUACUUGUCAGAGCAUGUAAUCAACCAGGACAAUUUUUACAGAAUAGAGAAGGUGAGAAUGAACGUGCUGUUGAUAUUUUAUAUGCAAUGUGUGAUCGUUCGAAUGCCCAAGAUAUCGUUCAAGAACGGUUAGCUUAUCUUGAAACAACUGAUUAUACAAUAACAGAAGAAAUGGUUUGGUAUCGUAUUAUUCAAGUUGUGUGUAACAUAAACGAUGAAGAUGAUGCAGACGAGCCACUUGAUGAAGUAAUUAUGAUACAUGAAAUGAAAUCACCAUUCAAAAUGGAUUUUUCCACGAUUUACAAUGAAGUUUCUAAAACAGUGAAUAAUUAUAAUAAUGAUAAAAUAUGGGAUAAUCCCGUAUAUUGUCCAGAUUUUCUGACAAUCCUGUUGGAGAAAUUCAUGGACACAGCCCCAAUUUGGAGUAAUUUAUUAUUGGACGAUUUAUCUCGAUAUGGUUAUAAAAAUUUGCCAAAUUAUAUUCACUGUGGUUGUCUUAUCAAACGAACAACUGGUAUUUCCGAAUCAAGGACGAAUUAUGUUAAAAAUGUGAUUACACAAAUCUGUGGACAAUAUGAAAAUAUGUUACAAGUCAAAAUAUUCGUGGAAAUGCUAUUAAAAAGUGAUUAUAAUUACCUACCACAAUCAUGGCUAUCAUCAUUAGCAAAUCCAAAAUUAGAACAAUUUCUUGCCUCACGACAAACAAUAACACAAACAAACUAUGAAUUAUUAGGUAAAGUUUCUCUUCUCGAUAAACAACCACAACCAAAACAUCCAUUUCAUCACUACACUGUUGAUAAACUACAACAACAGAGUCAAGGUGAAAAACAAUUUUAUGAAACAUUACAAGCAUUAAACAAUCAAUUUAAAUUAUCAUCAAUGUUAUGUCGUUGUCGUACACCCGAUUAUAUAUUAAAAAUACUAAAUAGAAAACACCAACAAGAUAAGACGACAACAUCGUGGUUUAAUUUAUUCAAACAUUGA